AGCUUUCCCACAAGAAGUUGCAGUCCUAGAACUCCACAAAGCAAACUCUCAACUUUCCUUUUCUCUCUGUCUCUCCCUUCUUUGCUGCAUUCAUGGCGGUUUUGAAAUCUCACUCUGUCUACAACAAUUUCUUCUUCUUCUUAACCAUAAGCCUAUUAUUAACGACACUUACAAAGCCUUUGUUGUUACCUUCUUCUUCUACAGAUGUUGAGCUUCUACUGGACAAGAUCAAAGCUCCAUUACAAGGUAACAAUGACAAUCUGUUGCUUUCUUCAUGGAAUUCCUCUGUUCCUAUCUGUCAGUGGAGGGGCCUCAAAUGGGUUUUCUCCGAUGGUUCUCCACUCUCUUGUAGUGACAUUUCUUCACCACAUUGGACUAACCUCACUUUGUUCAAAGACCCAUCUCUUCAUCUUCUCUCUCUACAGCUCCCAUCUGCUAACCUUACUGGUUCUCUCCCUAGAGAGCUUGGUCAGUUCUCUAUGAUUCAAAGCCUUUACCUUAGUAUUAAUUCACUUAGUGGGUCUAUACCUCUUGAGCUCGGAUACAGCUCCUCACUCUCUGAUAUUGAUUUGAGUGGAAACAUGUUGAGCGGGGCUUUAGCCCCUUCUGUUUGGAAUCUAUGUGAUAAGCUAAUUUCGCUUAGGCUUCAUGGUAAUUCACUGUCUGGGUCACUCCCUGAGCCUGCAUUGCCCAACUCUACUUGUAUGAAUUUACAAUUUCUUGAUUUAGGCAACAACAACCUCUCUGGGAGUUUCCCUGAGUUUGUUACUAGAUUUCAAGGUCUUAAGGAACUUGAUCUUUCGAGUAAUUUGCUUUCGGGUUCGAUUCCUGAGAGUUUAACAGGGUUGAAACUUGAAAAAUUGAAUCUUGCACACAACAAUUUCAGUGGUAUGUUGCCAGUGUUUGGGGAUGCAACGUUUGGGGCAGAGGUGUUUCAAGGAAACAAUCCUGGCCUUUGUGGGUUGCCUUUAAGAAGUUGUACUGGAAGUUCUGGAUUGAGUUCGGGUGCAAUUGCUGGUCUUGUGAUUGGUUUGAUGACCGGGGUGGUGGUUAUGGCUUCACUAUUGAUAGGGUAUGUACAAAACAAGAAGAGGAGGAAUAGUGGAGCAAGCGAAGAUGAAUUGGAGGAAGGAGAAGAAGAAGAUGAAAAUGGCGGUUGCGUUGGUGAGGGAAGGCUAAUUCUGUUUCAAGGUGGUGAGCAUCUGACAUUAGAGGAUGUAUUGAAUGCCACUGGUCAAGUGAUGGAGAAGACGAGCUAUGGGACAACAUAUAAGGCAAAGCUUGCUGAUGGUGGUAGCAUUGCUUUGAGGUUGUUGAGAGAAGGUAGUUGCAAAGAUGGGAGUUUGUGUCUACCAGUUAUAAAACAAUUGGGAAGGAUUCGGCACGAGAAUUUGAUUCCACUAAGAGCUUUCUAUCAAGGGAAAAGAGGAGAAAAGCUACUCAUUUAUGAUUAUCUGCCUAACAGGACUCUUCAUGACCUUUUACAUGAAUCUAGAGUGGGAAAGCCAGUGCUGAAUUGGGCUCGGCGACACAAGAUUGCGCUGGGUAUAGCAAGGGGACUUGCAUAUUUGAAUACAGGCCUUGAGGCUCCUAUUACUCAUGGAAAUGUAAGAUCCAAAAAUGUGUUGGUGGAUGACUUCUUUGUGGCUAGGCUCACUGAGUUUGGGCUCGACAAACUAAUGAUCCCAACUGUGGCUGACGAAAUUGUGGCACUUGCAAAGGCUGAUGGAUACAAAGCACCAGAGCUUCAAAGGAUGAAGAAAUGCAAUUCAAGAACAGAUGUAUAUGCAUUUGGAAUACUUCUCCUGGAAAUUUUGAUAGGCAAGAAACCUGGUAAAAAUGGGAGAACUGGUGAUUUUGUGGACUUGCCUUCAAUGGUGAAAGUGGCAGUUUUGGAGGAGACAACGAUGGAAGUUUUUGAUGUGGAGGUCUUAAAGGGAGUAAGGAGCCCAAUGGAAGAAGGUUUGGUUCAGGCUUUGAAGCUUGCAAUGGGUUGCUGCGCUCCAGUGGCCACGGUUAGACCCACCAUGGAUGAAGUUGUGAAGCAGUUGGAGGAGAACAGACCAAGAAACAGGUCUGCCCUAUACAGCCCUACUGAAACUAGAAGCGAAAUCGGUACCCCCUUCUGAGCUUCCCCAGUCACAUUUCUAUCAAGUCAUGAAAUCCCAAUUAGCCUAAUUUCUACCUCUGUAUAACAGUUCAUUAAGAUGGUAAUUGCAGUGUAAGACUAUAAUGCUAUUAAAGACAGUAUUGUAUUUCUAUGAAUGGGUUUAGGCUGUUAUCUGAGUUGUUUUUGGCUGUUAUUUCAGUUGUUUUUGAUAA